GAAGGGCUGGGGAGGGAUGAAACAAGCAGGAAUUCACCAGACAACUUAAGCUUUGGUAUCGUUGGACUGUUUGUUAGUUCGAAGUAUUUUCUUCUUUUUCGAAAUUUAGCAACCAGUUUAUUAGUGACCAAUUUAACUGUUACACCUAGAGUCUCAUCUGGUUGGCGGUUCAUGUUGUACAACCAGGGAAAACGACGUCGUAGUAACCGUCUUCAUCCUCGUUUCUCCCCAGGUGCGACUGGUUUCAGUCUUGUCUUUUCUGGGAUCAAACAUUUCGAACGCAGUCGACUUCUCGAUCUGUUUGAUCAAUGGGUGUCGCCGGCAGGAAGGGAAAAGGUUACGCCUUCGCCGUAUUCGCCGGCCUCAACGCUGCCUUCGCCGCCAUUGCCGCCAAGUUCUUCUCUUUCUACAUUCUCCGAUACGGCCUGGUGCUGCUGUUUAAUGUGACGAUGUGGGGUUGUUAUGUUAAUAGCCUCAAGGCUCUCUCGUCCCUACAAGCUACAGUUACGAACUUCGCCACCAACUUCAUCUCCUCUGGCCUUGCUGGGUCCUUCCUGUUCAAUGAAAGCUUGUCCAGUAAGUGGUUUGCUGGUGCAUUGCUCAUUGUAGUUGGUGUGAUCAUACUCAGCAAUUCGAGUGUCGAACAAAAGGAACGGGCUGAUUGAUGUGAAUUGUGAAUCGAUUUCGGUAUAUGUUGUGCUCGUGUUUACGGUGGUACAAGAAUAAGUGAAGCCUUGUCAUUCUAGCUCUAGAAACUAGGUAUGUUUUCUGUGGUUAGGCUGUGGAAGUUCAUGCAUGGUGGACCACUGUCAGAUCAGAUUCAUUCUUGUAUGAAGUGUUGAGUUUGUAAUCUACACCUCGAUUGUACGAUGUCUCCAAUCUGGUUGUGCUAUGAUAUCCACAUGUCAGGCUCUUGUGUUCCCAUUGUGCAUUAAUGGUUGAGGAUAACAAAUCGGUUCUUUUAUGUCUUUAAUGAUUAAUCGGCGAGUUGAUUCUGACUGUUAGUUUGAUUCAGUGUCGCCUCAGGAUAUCGUCCAGUUUUGAGAAAGAGUUAUCGUAUGUUCUGUAGUUCAAAAGGAACGGAUUUUGCUAGCAUGACCCAUCCUUAAUGUGCUCCACGUUCUUACUGUAAUAUUCUUUCCAAUGGUGAAAAUGGUAGCUGCAGUCAGCUCAGGUCUUAAUUCUGAGUGAUCGGGAGAAGUUGGAUGGUUAUUGAAUGAAAGAUUAAGUUCCCAUAUAAAGUAUUAGUUGUGGA